GUUAUAACUUAUAUGUAAUGAGCUGAAUAGUUCACUUGCUGCUUUUCACGGUUGGCAGUAAAGUUUCUGGCUUUGAGUUCAUAUACAUAUAUAUGUUGCCAGUUAUCCGUGGUUUGCUACUGAGUUGGAAAAGAUGCAAUCUUGUGGUGCCUUGCAUUGUGUAAUGAUUGCUCACUACUGCUUUCCUACAAUAUUUAGUUUUUGCACUUUGUGUCAGGGUAUAACUAUGUUGAUUUCAUUUUACAGGCGAAGCCAGAAAUUGCUUUCAAGACUCCAGAAGCUAGCUUGAAGCUGAAUCUUCAGGAUAUUCAAGGACUUGUGACCUGGGUGCUUGCUGAAGGGUUCAUGCCUUCUUGGGUGUUUAUUAAGAACAAGCCUCUUAUUCCAAAAGUGGUUAUGGCUUAUGUGCCUGGCCUAGAUGCAGCUUUGUACUUAUCGAAACCCAAGUUGUUCGCUGGUUUUAAAGAAUGCUGUGGGAAACCGAAGGCACAGUUAGCUAUUAGCUGUGUAACAGAUCGAAUGCAGACAAUAGAUGCUCUUCUAACAAGCAAGUCAAAAAGAAAGAGAGAUGAAGUCGAUUCAGAUUCAAAGAAAUCUGCUCCUGCUUCUGAACAAGGUGCAGAGAGGAGUGUUUCAGGCCUUGAAAAUUUGUCUUUCGCGGAGCUUGUGAAAGGGGUACCUUUUCCCCCGGCAUACUAUACGCUGACAUCUGAACAACUAGAGACCAAUGGAUAUUGUCCUGACCAACCGGGAUUUCUCUCUACCCUUCCUGUUCCUGGUAGCUCUCCUCAACAUGAUAUCCUGGCAGUUGACUGUGAAAUGUGUGUCACUAAAGAUGGCUUUGAGCUAACAAGAAUAACCCUGGUGGAUGUUGCAGGACAGGUAUUGUUGGAUAAAUUGGUUAAACCAAUUAAUGACAUUGUUGAUUACAAUACAAGAUUUAGUGGAAUUACAUAUGAAAUGCUGAAUGAGGUGACCACGACUCUUAAAGAUGUUCAGGAUGAUUUUCUAAAACUGGUUAACCAAGAAACCAUCCUCGUCGGUCAUUCCCUUGAGAACGAUUUAUUAGCACUAAAGAUCUCUCACAAAUUGGUGAUUGAUACUGCUGUGCUAUACAAACAUCCACGAGGUGGCUCUUAUAAAACCGCUCUUCGAAUUCUUGCCAAGAAAUUCCUCUCCAGGGAGAUACAACAAUCUGGUGCUGGACAUGACAGCAUUGAAGAUGCAAGAGCUGCAUUAGAACUUGCAUUGCUAAAGAUAAAAAAUGGACCUGAUUUCGGUUCUCCUCCAUCUUUUACUCGGAAAAAGCUCCUUUCAACGCUGGGCGAGUGUGGCAAAACCUCCUCUAUGAUCGAUGAUAUCUCCAUAGUAAAGCGCUACUCUUCCGAGACAUCCAAUGCUUUUCCUGUAUGUUCAGAUGAUGAAGCCCUUUUGAAAGCCAAAAAGGAGGCGAAGAAUGAACGGACACAUUUCAUCUGGACCCAAUUUUCGGAGUUGAAUUCCUUUUACGAAAAGCAAGUGGAGGAUGCAGAGAAUUUGAAUGGAAAGCUUGCUGAGAUGCUAUCGCUGCUUACGUGUGAGAAGAAGUCUGUCAAUAAGAAAGGCAUUCAUUGUGGGAUGACAACUGAGUUGAAGGACGUCAUAACUCGCUUGAAUAGAAGGAUUCGUGGGCUGUAUGCAGCUUUACCGACUAAUACCAUGCUCAUCAUUUGCACCGGCCAUGGAGACACGGCAAUUGUCCGGAAACUGAGGAAGAUGUUAGGGGACCAAAGCGAGACGAAGAUGAGUAGGGAGAGCAUUCUGAAGGUCUUGGAAGAGCUUCAAGCCCAAGCAGAAGUAGCUUUGUGUUUCCUAGGCUUGAAGAACUAGCAAGUUUCUUGGCCUGCCAUGAGUUGGAUGGUACUAUAGGAAGUUGUAGAACUUCAAAUUUUGUUCCUAUGUAAAUUUGCCAGCCAACCAGUGGAAAAAAAUUGUAUUACCAGAUUGUUAUGUAAUAUCAUAAUCAAAUACUACGAUAUGAAAAUUGGAAGUAAUCGUUGCGCAGCUGCCUCCCAGUCGUUUCAUCUUGUUCAUUCUGCCUAAAAAGAACAUGGCCCGGGUUACUGCAAUGCUGCUGCCUAAAGGGGUGUCUUCUUUGCCGAAACUAGUCUUUGUAAAAUCGUGAUAUAAGAAUGCUAGUGUUUGUAAAAUAGUACUAUAGUGCAGCAUUGUAACUCUGUGAGGUAAUGAGUUAAUAGAAGAAU